AUGGGGCAAAUCGAUUGCAGAUGGAUACACAGACCUUCGUCGAACGAAAAGAGUUCCAUAAAUUCCGAAGCUGGUUCCAUCGACGCGCACAAAAAACAGAGUGAAAAGGCAUCCAGCAUCGCCCAGAAGGCUGCCCAGGAAGCAAAAGCUGCUUCCGACGCCCAAAACAUCGCUGGGCAACAGGCUGCACAUCAGGUGAAGGUCCAGCUCGCCGAGAAAGCGGUUCAGGCAGCUAAGGCGGCGGAAGCAGCCCUCUCGGGAAAAGAGGCGAUAGUAGACCAGCUUAAGGGUGAGGUGAAGGAGGCAGAGUCGGUGGUGCAAGAGGAGGGCGUGUCAUUGCAGCAGGCUCAGUCCAACGUCAAAUCGGCGAUGGACGCGGCUCAGCAGUCGCGGAUUCAGCUGAAGACGCUCACAUCCGCCGUCCGAACCGCAAAUGCCAACCUCGGAAAUGCUGAAGCUGCGGCUCAAGGAGCUCAGCAAGCUUACAGCGAGAAGCAGCAACUCCUCGACGCCGCCAAGCGGCGAGUCGACGAACUAUCGAAGCAGCUUCAAGCCGCGAAAAUCGAUCUCGCCAACACCAAGCAGGCCGCGUUGAAGGCCAGCGCUGCUGCAAACGCUGCUAAAGCGAACGCCAACCGGAACAGAAGACGCGUCGCGAAUUGGAGAUCGUGGAGAACGAGAAGAAGAUACGACUGA